AUGGACCAGCUUGCAGACUCUCAGGAGCAGGACAUCUCGCUCGAAACUCCUCCCGAAGAUGUUUUCAUGGCUCCUUCAAUUGACAAGGUCAACAUCGCCAAAGGAGACUCAUAUUCUUACAUCUCGCCAGUACCCAAGAUGCUUCAAGAUGACAUGUCCAUAGAGUGCGUUCUGGGCGUUGACGAAGCUGGUAGAGGUCCUGUUCUGGGUCCUAUGGUCUAUGGUCUCUACUAUCUACCUCUGUCCAUGCAUCGCUCUUUGCUGGCCGACACUCACCACUUUGACGACUCCAAGGUCUUGUCGCCCGCUGUCCGUUCUUCUCUGAUGCAGGCCAUCUGUACUCCCGGUACUGACUUGUACGAAUCUUCUGGAUGGGCCACCCGCGUCAUGUCAGCCAAGGACAUCUCUUCUGCUCAGAUGAAGCCCGCUACAUACAACCUCAACGCUCAAGCCAUGGAUGCCACCAUUGACUUGAUUCAUGCUGUAUUCGCUCUCGGUGUCAACCUGAAAGAGAUCUAUAUUGAUACCAUUGGACAACCGGCUGCCUACCAGAAGAAGCUCGAGCGUAUCUUCCCAACUGUCAAGAUCACUGUCGCCAAAAAGGCAGACUCUCUUUACCCUUGUGUGUCUGCUGCCAGUGUUUGCGCAAAGGUCACAAGAGAUGCUGCUCUUGACGUCUGCUAUCAAGUCUUCAAAGACGCUGUUUCCAACGAGAAGGAAGUUCCUGAACAGCCCGCCGAAGGCUGGGGAUCUGGUUAUCCCAGUGAUGCCCGCUGUUCUACUUGGUUGAAGAAGAACAUGGAUCCCUUGUUUGGCUGGGGCAAUGAAUGCCGUUUCAGUUGGUCCACUGCGAAAGACUUGCUCGAAGUCAAGCCUGCUGCCAAGGUGAACUGGCCUGUUGCAGAAGAUGAGGACUCAACCAAGUUGACAAACUUCUUCAUGUACUCUGCCGAAGAGCAUGCCAAAGGAGAAGAUCAGCUUUCUACCUGGUACGGUCGACGUGUCACCGAGGACGUCUUCUAA